AUCAGUGGCAAAACCAUGCAAGUGUGGGUCGACUAUGACGGCACAGAUGCGAAGUUGAACGUUACGCUCUCUCCUGUGAAUGCCAUUGGAACGUCGACGAUGAAGCCUACUAUACCACUGAUAUCGUUCGCGGUCAACUUUUCCACCGUGCUGCUUGAUCGGGCCAUGUACGUGGGCUUCUCCUCGUCGACGGGCUCCAUGAUGUCGUCACACUACGUCAUCGGAUGGAGCUUCGCCAUGCACGUAGAUCAGGCCCCACUCCUUGACUACUCAAAGCUACCUGCGAUCCCCCGCAGGAAUUUCAAACGCCGCAGGUGGAGGUCUCUGGGCUUUGAGUUAUCUGAGUUUUCUUUAUUUUUCAUGCUGCUGGUGACCGUUGCUGCAUUCGUGGUGGCAAGGCGGCGGAGCAAGAACGCGGAGCUGUGUGAGGAUGGGGAGGUGGAGUUCGGGCCCUACCGGUUCUCAUACAGAGACCUCUUCCGAGCGACCAAUGGGUUCAGUGAGAGGGAGCAACUGGGAGUCGGCGGCUUCGGGAGGGUCUACAUAGGAACGUUGCCGAGUUCUGGAGCAGAGGUGGCAGUGAAGAGGGUCUCCCACGAGUCACGGCAGGGGAUGAGGGAGUUCGUGGCGGAGAUCGCCAGCAUCGGCCGCCUCCGCCACCGCAAUAUUGUGCCGCUGCUCGGCUACUGCCGCCAAAAGGGGGAGCUUCUCCUGGUCUAUGACUUCGUUCCCAACGGUAGGCUCGACAAGUACCUGCACUACGGCCCGGACCACAAACCGGCUCUUGGGUGGUCCCAGAGGUUCCGAAUCAUGAAGGGUGUCACGGUGGGGCUACUCUAUCUUCACGAAGAGUGGGAACAAGUCGUUGUGCACAGAGACGUUAAGGCGAGCAAUGUGCUGCUGGAUGGCGAGAUGAAUGCCAAGCUGGGAGAUCUCGGUCUCGCGAGGCUGUACGAUCACGGCAUUGAUCCGCAGACGACCCACGUAGUGGGGACGUUGGGUUAUCUCGCGCCGGAGCUUGCCAGGACGGGGAGGGCAACCACCGCCACCGAUGUCUUCUCUUUCGGGGCUUUUGUCUUAGAGGUUGUUUGCGGGCGGAGGCCAGUGGAGCAACCGAUGGUCGCCCGGCAAGGCGAGCAAUUCAUGUUGGUGGAUUGGGUGGUCGAGAACUGGCAGAAGGGCUCGAUUCUCGAUACGGUGGAUGCCAGAUUGGGAGGAGAGUACGCGAGGGAGGAGACGAAGAUGGCGCUGAAGCUGGGGCUGAUGUGCUCGCACCCGCACCCAUCGGCGCGGCCGAUCAUGCGGCUGGUUGUGCAGUACUUGGAGGGCCACGCGCCCCUUCCGGAGCUGUCGCCGGUUUAUCUCUGCUUCACCAAUCUCUCAUGGAGCAAUUAUAUUCUAAAGCAUAACUGUUUGUCGAUGCUACCGAAGCUUCCAUCCUUCCGCUUCUCUCUUCUUCUCCUUCUCAUUCUUAAGCUUGUGGCAUCUUCUCCUCCUGAAAAAGAAUUCACCUUCAAUGGAUUCUCCGGAGCCAACCUCACCCUCGACGGCAUCGCGACGGUGUCCUCCGACGGCCUCUUAAUCCUAACAAACACAGCAGAGAACCAAAAAAGCCACGCCUUCCAUCCUUCUCCUCUCAGCUUCCGCCGCAACCUCUCCGAUGGUAGUAUCGCCUCCUUCUCCACCACCUUCAUCUUCGCCAUCGUCCCGACCGAGAAUGCCGGCAUCGGCGGCCACGGGAUCGCCUUUGCAAUCACCCCCUCGACGGACUUCUCUAAUGCCUUAUCUGCCCAGUACUUUGGCUUAUUCAACAUGAGCAACAACAGCGAUGCCGCCAACCAUAUCGUCGCUGUCGAGCUCGACACGAUACUCAACCUUGAGCUCCAAGACAUCAAUGACAACCACGUCGGGAUCGACAUCAACGGGCCGGUGUCAUACAGGGCUCACACCGCCGGGUACUACGCGGAUGAUACUGGAGAGUUCAGGAACUUGACCCUCAUCAGUGGCAAUGCCAUGCAAGUGUGGGUUGACUACGAUGGCCCAGAUGCGAAGUUGAACGUUACGCUCUCCCCUGUAAACGCAAUUGGAACGCCGAAGACGAAGCCUACUAAGCCGUUGAUGUCUAUCACAGUCAACCUCUCCGCCGAGCUGUUAGACUUGCCCGUGCACGUGGGCUUCUCCGCGGCGACGUACCCCCUGAUGACGUCGCAAUACGUCCUCGGAUGGAGCUUCGCCAUGAGCGUAGAUCAGGCUCAUGCCCCGCCCCUGAACUACUCGAAGCUGCCCGCGAUCCCCCGCACGAAUCUCAAAGGCCAUAAGUCGAGGGCUCUGGGCUUGGGGUUGGCCGUGGCUUCUUUAGUGUUCGUGCUGCUGGUGACGUUUGUGGCGUUUGCUGCGGCACGGUGGCGGAGCAAGUAUGCUGAGCUGCGUGAGGAUUGGGAGGUGGAGUUCGGGCCCCACCGGUUCUCAUACCGAGACCUCUUCCGAGCCACAAACGGCUUUAGGGAGAGGGAGCUGUUAGGAGCCGGCGGCUUCGGCAAGGUCUACAGAGGAACGUUGCCGACUUCACGGGCAGAGGUGGCGGUGAAGAGGGUCUCCCACGAGUCACGGCAGGGGAUGCGGGAGUUCGUGGCGGAGAUUGUCAGCAUGGGCCGCCUCCGCCACCGCAACAUCGUGCAGCUGCUCGGCUAUUGCCGUCGCAAGGGGGAGCUUCUCCUGGUCUACGACUUCGUCCCCAACGGUAGCCUCGACAAGUACCUGCACUACGACCGGGCUCAUAAGCCUGCACUCGGGUGGUCCCAGAGGUUCCGGAUCGUGAAGGGUGUUGCGGCGGGACUCCUCUAUCUUCACGAAGAGUGGGAGCAAGUCGUUGUGCACAGAGACAUCAAGGCGAGUAAUGUACUGCUGGACGGCGAGAUGAACGCCAGGCUGGGGGAUUUCGGUCUCGCGAGGCUGUACGAUCACGGCACCGAUCCGCAGACGACGCAUGUGGUGGGGACGACGGGUUACAUUGCGCCAGAGCUCGCAAGGACCGGUAGGGCAACCACCGCCACCGAUGUCUUCGCUUUCGGAGUUUUCAUCUUAGAGGUUGCUUGCGGCCGGAGGCCGGUGGAGCAACCGACGGUGGGCUGGCAAGGGGAGCAAUUCCUGUUGGUGGAUUGGGUGACCGAGAACUGGCGGAAGGGUUUGAUUCUCGAUACAGUGGAUGCCGGAUUGGAAGGAGAGUACGCGAGGGAGGAGGCGGAGAUGGUGUUGAAGCUGGGGCUGAUGUGCUUGCACCCGCACGCGGCGGCGCGGCCUAGCAUGCGGCUGGUCGUGCAGUACUUGGAGGGCCGUGCGCCCCUCCCAGAGCCGUCGCCGGCUUAUCUCGGCUUCACCAAACUAUCAUUGCCUCACAAUGUUGGUUUUGAUGACUAUGUUGCCUCCUAUCCAUCUUCCCUGCCGAGUGCAUCUACUCUCUCCGGAGGAAGAUGA